CAUUCUUCCCUGUACGUAUACUUCACCGCCUCCUUCCAGUUCUUGUUGCGCCGAGAUAGAGAGGGAAGAGAAAGGAAAAUUGAAGGUGGGGAUUUGGAGUCGCAUCUACCCUGAUUCUUGCAAUUCUCUUUUUCUUUUCGACCUUUUUCUUCCCUUUCCGUCCGACUGAAGAGAAAUCCUACUGCUGUAGAACUUCUUUCUGUUGAAUUCUUGAAUUUUCUUUUCUCCGUCUCCUUUCUGUGCUCUCAUCUCAUCUUCUUGAUGGAAUCCUUUUCUAUAAACCGUCCUUCUCUUUCCCUUGAACCAACAAAUUGAACCCCUCCCUUAUCUCUUUUGGUAUAGGAUUUGUAAUUUCUUGUGCUGAUUGAUACAGCAAUAGGAUUCUCGCAGGGUUUUCCGGUGAUGGAGUUGGUUCCCUUGAGCCGCUCUUCCAUAUUUGCCCCCCCUAUCAACAGACUCCAGCGGAGAAACAACCUCAAGUGGAAGCAGUCUAAGCCUUCGGUUUCCAGAAAAGCUGGAAUUGCUUGUGCUGGGGCGAAACCCCCUCGGAAUUCAGGGGUUUCUUCUCAAGAAAGCAAGAGGAUCGAGAAUUUGUAUCAAAAGGAAGGGCGUAGAUUGUUGCGUCUGCUCGAAGGGCUUCGAAGCCGUGCCUCUCCGGAGGUGUGCGGUGAGCAUCAUAAAUAUUUUGCCAUCAAUGGAGAUGUGGGUCUCGCUAGUAUCCCCAAGAAAGUGGAUGAAGUUGCAAAGGUCAUCAUUCCUGGUUUAUCUGAUGACUCCGGUGGCUCUCCGAUCAGUAGUUGCUACUGGGAGUGGAAACCUAAAAUUUCGGUGCACUAUGAGAAGUCAGGGUCUCAGAAUGUGGAUGCGCCUGCUGUGCUCUUCCUACCUGGGUUUGGAGUUGGCUCAUUUCACUAUGAGAAGCAAUUGGAAGAUUUGGGCCGUGAUUACAAAGUGUGGGCUCUGGAUUUCUUAGGACAAGGCAAGUCAUUGCCAACCGAAGACCCGGCCCCCGUUGAUAAUCGUGAAGGGGAUUCUGAAGAUAAUGAUGUGUUAUGGGGGUUCGGAGAGGAACCUAAACCCUGGGCAAGGGAGCUGGUGUACUCUAUUGACCUAUGGCGAGAACAGGUUCAGCAUUUUGUAGAACAGGUAAUUGGUGAACCAGUUUAUGUUGUUGGUAAUUCUCUUGGAGGCUUUGUUGCCUUGUACUUUGCAGCAUGCAAUCCUCAGCUAGUAAGAGGAGUUACAUUGCUUAAUGCGACACCGUUUUGGGGAUUCCUUCCUAACCCUGUCAGAUCACCUAGAUUGUCCAAAUUUCUUUCAUGGUCUGGGACGUUUCCCCUACCUUCAAAUGUGAGAAGGCUAACUCAGUUGGUAUGGGAGAAGAUCAGUGACCCCAGUAGCAUACAGGAAGUACUAAAACAAGUCUAUGCUGAUCAUUCAAUAAAUGUUGACAAAGUAUUUUCCCAUAUAAUUGAAAUAACACAACAUCCUGCAGCCGCUGCUUCUUUUGCCUCCAUUAUGUUUGCUCCUAGGGGGCAGUUAUCCUUCCAGGAAGCCUUGUCCAGGUGCCAAGUGGAAGGUGUUCCGAUCUGUCUUAUGUACGGUAGAGAAGACCCUUGGGUUAGGCCUAUUUGGGGCUUUCAAGUGAAACGACAGUUGCCUGAGGUACCUUAUUACGAGAUUAGUCCAGCAGGUCACUGCCCACAUGAUGAGGUUCCCGAGGUUGACCAUCAGUGGCAUUUGUCAUAAUUCUAUUUCUUCCAUGGACCCUACUUGGCUAUCAUAUUUGCUGUAUGGCUGAACCUAUAUUGACGCAUAAACAUAUGUUAACACCAAUUGUCUGGAUUAAGCUUGUUGCUUCACUUUCUGUAAUGUGAACUGUCAACUGAAGAAUGUAGAUUUGUGCAGGUUUUAUAGGAGUGUAAUCUUAAGUUGAAAUAUUAUCGCUGUACUUCCAAUAUCCAGGGUGCUCAUAAGGAAGAAAUAUCUUCCUUCUGAAUUGCAAACAAUUAUCGAAAUAUCUUAAUGUAAAUCAUCCCAAAUUAGUUUCA